ACACCGCAUAUCCACUUCGGCUGCCGUAGACGGAGCCGGCCAGGUCUGGACGUCAAAGCAGUUCACAGAAGUACGACGUUUAGGCUCCUUGUAGGUUGGGGAAAUCAGGUCAUGCUGCGCGGCAUGUGGGAUCUUAGUUCCCCGACCAGGGAUCAAAUCCAUGCCCCCUGCAGUGGAAGCACGGAGUCCUAACCACUGGACCACCAGGGAAUUCCCUGCUCUAGCAAAUUAAUCAACCCAAGGAGGGGGGUCAUUGGAACCUGCCAUCUGUGGCUGGUUGCUUAGAAGCACACGUGACAACGUGGACUUGUGUUUGCACAUGAAGUAGGAGGUAGAAGCCAGUCUCAUAGGACUGAGCCUUCAACCGGUGAGAUAUGAUAUUAUCUCCAGGGUGUAUAAAAACGUUUGAAGAGGUUCCUGAGCGCACACAGUUUAAAGGAAAACAGUGCCCAGCGCCUCUCCUCCCAUAUGGUCUGUUUUGUAUAAUUGAGCUGCCUGAGAUUCUCCUGCUCCUGAGGGCUGCUGCUGGGAUGGAUCUUGUUUCCCUCAUCUCCUUUGACAGUCACGGCACUUCAACUUCAUGGAAUAAAGGAAUACCCCCACCACAGUCAGAAGCUUAGGCUUUUUGGUCAGAGGAAUAAAGUCUUCUGGGGCAACAAUCUUCUGGGGACACUCAGCAAUGCUGUGGGCAUUGGGCUAAGGUCCUGACUCUCCAGGAGCAAAAGAAUCAGUAGAAGGAGGAAGAAGUUACACAACUUGGUAUCGGCAUUUCUUGGGACACACUUGAUUGAAGACAGAACAGAAUUUAGAGCAGAUCCAGAAGACACAGCGACAGAACCUCCCUGUUGCCAGCUGUUUUCAGAAAACAGAAGAAAAUGAUCAAGGCCCAGGAAACCCUGACAUUUGACGAUGUGGCCGUGGCCUUCACGUGGGAGGAGUGGCAGUUCCUGGCCCCUCCUCAGAAGGACCUGUACCGGGACGUGAUGCUGGAGAACUAUAGUAACCUGCUAUCUGUAGGUUUUCAAGCCAGCAAACCAGACAUACUCUCCAAGUUGGAUCAAGGAGAACCAUGGACGAUGGAAGAUGAAAUCCACUGUCGAACCCAUUCAGAAGUCUGGAAAGUUGAUAAUCACCUGCUGGAGCACUUACAAAAUGAGAGCAUGGAGAAGAGACUAGAACAAUGGCAUGAACAGAACCCACUGGAAUAUUCUGUUCAUCGGAGCAGAGCUCAUUUUCUGUUCAGGCAAAAUCAUGGUAUGUUUGACUUACACGGAAAAAGUAUGAAAUCAAAUUUAACUUUACUUUCCAAGAGCAGGAGCUAUGAAAUAAAGAGCCCUGCUGAGUUUACUGGAGAAGUCAGAUCCUGUCUCCAUGCUGACAAUGAACAGUUUCAUACUGAAAUUAAAUUCCCCAAAAGCCAAAAACUCAUCAGCACUAAGUCCCAAUUCAUCAAGCAUCAGAAGACUCAAAAAAUAAAGAAAUCUCAUGUAUGUGGUGAAUGUGGGAAAGCUUUCAUCAAAAAGUCUUGGCUCACUGAUCACCAGAAUCUUCAUACAGGAGAGAAGCCCCAUCGAUGUAAUCUAUGUGGGAAAGCCUUCUUCAGAAAGUUCAAGCUCACUGAACAUCAGAGAACGCAUACAGGAGAGAAACCUUAUGAAUGCACUGAAUGUGGCAAAGCCUUCCUCAAGAAAUCAGGGCUCAGUGUCCAUCAGAAAACCCAUACCGGGGAGAAACCAUUUAUAUGCAGUGAAUGCGGAAAGGGCUUCAUCCAGAAGGGAAAUCUUAUGGUGCAUCAACGGAUUCACACAGGCGAGAAACCAUAUAUAUGCAAUGAAUGUGGAAAAGGCUUCAGCCAAAAGACGUGCCUCACAGCACACCAGAGAUUUCACACAGGAACGACUCCCUUUGUGUGCGGGGAAUGUGGAAAAACCCUUUCCCAGAAGACAGGUCUCAUUAAACACCAAAGGACUCACACAGGAGAGAAACCCUUUGAAUGCAGCGAUUGUGGGAAAGGCUUUAUCGAGAAGCCGCAGCUCGUUAUCCAUCAGAGAAUCCAUACAGGGGAGAAACCCUAUAGAUGUAGUGAAUGUGGGAAAUCAUUCAGAGGGAAGUCAGUUCUUAAUAAACAUCAGAAAACUCACUCAGUCAAGGUGGAAAAUCCUCCCUCAGAGGGUCACAGGUCCUCACAGAGCAGUGUUGUCCUCCAAGAGAAAAACCUGAAUACAGUGACAAUGCAAGUACCUUCUGUGGUCCCUCAGACAUCAGUCAACAUCAGUGGGCUCCUAGCAAACAGGAAUGUAGUCAUAGUGGGACAGCCUGUGGCCAGAUGUGCACCCGCAGGAGAAAGCAGAGGGUUGGCACAGGAGAGAACCCUUAUGAAUGCAGUGAAUGUGGUUGUGCCUUCAGUGGUCAAUUAUAUUUUAUUUUAUGUCACAGAAAACCAGUAGAGAAAAAAUUAAGGCAUUCUCUGAGGAAAAGGGUUGAGUGAAAAUUUCUAGUUCAUAUGGUGGCUGAAAAGUAUACACUGAGAGAAACUGUAUAAAUGCUGAGACUGGGAGCAUGUGACCUACUCAUCCAGUUACGUAUAUGCCUUGAUACAGAGGCAUAAUCUGAUGUUAACCCGAACACACAAACGUCAGUUUCUCUGUUGUGUCAGUUAAAUAAAUGAAGGAAUCCUGUGUUCAACUAAGUGGAGGAAAUAAGGAGGUGAAUUUUUUAAACAUAUAAUUUGUUUCUGGAAGGUUGCUAUGGAGGAAAAAUCACAGGAGGGCUAAUAUUGGAUUCGUGGGAUAUGGGGCGUGUAUAUAUCAAUUCAGUUUCCCCAGGCCAAGGUGAACAAUGAAUCUGAAACUGGGAUGUCUUCCUUAAACUUUCAGAAGGUUAUAUUAUGCAGAGGGACUAAUGAAACAACAGCCUUAGACUGAGUCAGUUUGGUCUUUCACAGAGUAUUUGUCAAAUACGUCCUUGGUAUAUGGUUCUGUUCCAAAAGCUGAGGAUAUUGUGGUGAUCAGAAUAGAGAAAGCUCAUGGUCCCCUAGAGAGACCAUUGAGGUAGUCGGAUUAUCUUUAAGUGGCAUCUCUACACUCAAGCUAAUUUAAUGAGAGGAUGUAAGUAUCCAUAGUAAGUGAAAUGGACCUGGAGUAAUUGGCUCAAGGGAAUAUGACAAUUUGUUGUUGAAGGAGCAUAUCAUUUGGGGGUUGGGGAAGGAGUUAAUAAUGGUAUUUAAGCACCAUAGAACACAAGUAAGUUUUUUUUUAUUUAUUUUAUUGAAGUAUAGUUGAUGUACAAUGUUAAUUUCUGCUGUACAGCAAAGUGACUCAGUUAUA